GCUCCGGCCACGCGGAACUACAGUCACAAGUGAAACAUGUCUGUGUCCCACGGCAGCUACAAACCUGUGGACCGUGUCAUUUUUGACAUGGAUGGAUUGUUAUUAGACACCGAGCGACUUUACACCGUGUCCUUCCAGGAAAUAUGUGACCGGUUUGGAAAGCAGUACACGUGGGAUGUGAAGACAUCAGUGAUGGGGAAGAAGGCUCUGGAUGCUGCCCAGAUUAUCCGUGAUAGGCUGGAGCUCCCCAUGACAGCUGAGGAACUGCUUGCUGAAAGCAGACAAAUACAAGAAAAGAUCUUUCCCUCUGCUAAACUCAUGCCAGGUGUGGAGAAACUUGUGCGUCAUCUGCAGAAGCACAAAAUCCCCACUGCAGUGGCAACCAGCUCAGCCGGCGUGACGUUCAAAUUGAAGACGAGUCAACACAAAGAGUUCUUUGCUCUCUUUGAUCACAUUGUCCUGGGUGACGAUCCAGAUGUGAAGAAUGGCAAACCUCAGCCGGACUCCUUCCUGGUGUGUGCCGGCCGGUUCGAUCCCCCAGCUCCUCCGGAGAAGUGCUUGGUGUUUGAAGAUGCUCCCAAUGGUGUAAAGGCAGCACUGGCAGCAGGAAUGCAGGUGGUCAUGAUUCCCGAUGACAACCUGGACCGCAGCCUUAUCCAGGAGGCUACGCUGCGACUAAGGAGUAUGGAGGAGUUUGAGCCGGAGCUCUUUGGCCUGCCAGCAUAUGACUGAAAUGGCUCAUACCCUAGCAUGUAAUUCAGGAAACUAGUAACCAUUGUUAAUUGAUUGGUUGUUAAACAAUAACUUGAUAGUUUAAAUUAGUAAACUAUUAGUAAAUGGAUGGGCACUGUAAAUCUGCAAAUGUAAAUCUGUAUCACACCUAUAAAUCUUACUUGGAUGAAUACUAAAAAGUUGAACCUGAUGGUUAUAAUCUUUGUUCCAAAGGGAACCGUUCAGCUUGUAGGGUGGUGGUGAUGUAAACUACGUCAUGUGACUCGAAAGGUUCAUUUGAACCAUACAGAAAUCUAAUAAAGAAAACAUCAGCAGUUUGAGUUGAACCAUGUUCAGGUUCUUCACUGUCACCUGUAAAAUACCCAGAGUAGCAGGGACAUUGGCCCUUAUUCACUGAUAUACAAACACACACACACAAGUAAUCGUCUUACAUUCGUAAAGUGACUUUUUAAUCUGAUAAUUUAAUUUAAUAUUGAAUGGUUAAUAUUAGCGUCAGUACUGUUAUCCCUAAGUAUAUAUCCUCAUAUGAUGAACUGUAGCUUCUCAGUGGAGUCACUGGAAAAGCUUCAGAUGCAGGUCUGUCAUUCUAACACAGUAUCACCUUUUGUGGUCAUCUGGAUGUGGAGACAUAGUGAAGUGGAAGUUGCACUGUUCUUGUCAUACACUUCGUCUAAGAUGCCUUUUUGAAAUGUCAGAGACAAUCCUCCUCUGCUCAGUGUGAUCCAGUAAAGAGGCUGUGAGUCGUCCUCACUCCUGAACUGACUCCAGUUUUCAUGCACUCCAUCUGCUUGCAGAGCAGGCUUUAAUGGGGGAACCCUGGAGCAGGCUGGAGGAGACUGGUGCCGCAGCUCCCCAGUCUACUCCCAUCGACUUUCCCCUUUCAUAGCCUUACAUCCUCAAAAACAAGGUCGUCUCAGCUGUUUUUUUCUUCUGUGUUUGUUGCUUACAGAGUCAUCACUGUCUCUGGGCCUGAAAUGUGAUUGUUUCAUUUUCUGUGUCUUCAUUUCUUGUUUCCAGCAAGGCAAAGGUGUUUUUUAAAAUUUUGUUUCCAAAAGAAUUAUGCCUGAAAAAUAAUACCUGACUUCAUUUUUUCCACUUUCCUUAAAUAAAUAAAUAAAUCCUAUGAC